CUGGCUCCUCCCCCUCGGCGCGGAUGACACUAGAACCUCCUUAAGUUGCGUCGCGCCACAGCUGUCUGCGAACACUGAGCUGCCUGGCGCCGUCUUGAUACUUUGAGAAAGAAUGCAUUCCCUGUAAAAAAAAAAAAAUACUGAGAGAGGGAGUGAGAGGGAGAGACGAAAAGAGGGAGAGACGGAGAGAGCGAGGCAGAGCGAGCUACACGAUCUGACCGAGCAGGUCACUCUCCUCCUCCUCCUCCUCCUCCUCCUCUUCUUCCCUGCUCCUCGCUACCCAGGUGACCCGAGGAAAGUCAGCCUCUGAGCGCCGGCGAGGAGCCCCGUGGACGGAAGAACCUGAUUUCAGAAUUCCAGCGUCCUCGUCUCCCUUUUGGGAUCCCCCCCCCCCCCCCCGCUUUAAAUCUGCUAGAUCUAGUUUGUGGAUUUUUUCCCUCCUUGCUUCUCUCUCUCUCUCUCUCUCUCUCUCUCUCUCCAAACUAUCAUUGAAAGAUUCCCCCCUCCCCCAGUCCUUUCAUUUGCCCACCUUUCCUUCCCAGACUUUGCGUUCUAUCCACCCGUCAGCCAGCUCUCCAGCGCCCUCGGGGGCCUCCGACGGCCGCAACCUCGCAGGCCGAUCGCCCUUCGCUUCUUCCCUCCGCGCGCGCGCGCGGGUUCCGGGCCCCGGCGAGAGGGCGCGAGCGUAGCCGAGGACAUGGAGGUGACGGCGGAUCAACCCCGCUGGGUGAGCCACCACCACCCCGCCGUCCUCAACGGGCAGCACCCGGACACGCACCACCCCGGCCUCGGCCACUCCUACAUGGACCCGGCGCAGUACCCACUGCCCGAAGAAGUGGAUGUACUUUUUAACAUCGACGGUCAAGGCAACCACGUCCCGUCCUACUACGGAAACUCGGUCAGGGCCACGGUGCAGAGAUACCCUCCGACCCACCACGGGAGCCAGGUGUGCCGCCCACCUCUGCUGCACGGAUCUCUGCCCUGGCUGGAUGGCGGCAAAGCCCUGGGCAGCCACCACACCGCCUCGCCCUGGAACCUCAGCCCCUUCUCCAAGACGUCCAUCCACCACGGCUCCCCGGGGCCGCUGUCCGUCUACCCCCCGGCCUCCUCGUCCUCGCUGGCGGCGGGCCACUCCAGCCCGCACCUCUUCACCUUCCCGCCCACCCCACCGAAGGAUGUCUCCCCGGACCCGUCGCUGUCCACCCCAGGCUCCGCCGGCUCGGCCCGGCAGGACGAGAAAGAGUGCCUCAAGUACCAGGUGCCGCUGCCCGACAGCAUGAAGUUGGAGGCCACGCACUCCCGCGGCAGCAUGACCACCCUGGGAGGGGCGUCGUCCUCGGCCCACCACGCCAUCACCACCUACCCGCCCUACGUGCCGGAGUACGGCUCCGGACUCUUCCCGCCCAGCAGCCUGCUGGGGGGCUCGCCCACCGGCUUCGGGUGCAAGUCAAGGCCCAAGGCGCGAUCCAGCACAGAAGGCCGGGAGUGUGUGAACUGCGGGGCAACGUCCACCCCACUGUGGCGGCGAGACGGCACUGGACACUACCUUUGCAAUGCCUGCGGGCUCUACCACAAAAUGAACGGACAGAACCGGCCCCUAAUCAAGCCUAAACGAAGGCUGUCGGCAGCUAGAAGAGCAGGGACCUCGUGUGCCAACUGCCAGACCACGACCACCACCCUCUGGAGGAGGAAUGCCAACGGGGACCCGGUCUGCAAUGCCUGUGGGCUUUACUACAAGCUGCACAAUAUUAACAGACCCCUGACUAUGAAGAAGGAAGGCAUCCAGACCAGAAACCGAAAAAUGUCUAGCAAAUCCAAAAAGUGCAAAAAGGUGCAUGACACGCUGGAGGACUUCCCUAAGAGCAGCUCCUUCAACCCCGCCGCCCUGUCCAGACAUAUGUCUUCCCUCAGCCACAUCUCCCCUUUCAGCCACUCCAGCCACAUGCUGAGCACGCCCACGCCCAUGCACCCACCGUCCGGCCUCUCCUUUGGACCUCAUCAUCCUUCCAGUAUGGUCACCGCCAUGGGUUAGAGCAGAGCCCGGCUCUAUGACCACCCGUCUCUGAGCGCGUGCAAGAGUCCCUCCGACCCCUUCUACUUGCAUUUUUUUGCAGGAGCAGUAUCAUGAAGCCUAAACCGCGAUGGAUAUAUGUUUUGGGAAGGCAGAAAGCAAAAAUGACUAUUUUGUCUCUUUUGCAAAGGAGCUCACGGUGGUGUCUGUGUUCUGACCCCUGGAUCUGGAUCCCAUCUGUGAAUAAGCCAUUCAGACUCAUAUUCCCUAUUUAACAGGGUCCCUAGUGCUGUGAAGAAAUUUUGCUGAACAUUGCAUAUAACUUAUAUUGUAAGAAAUACUGUUGUACAUUUGAGGAAGACUUUAUUGCACCUGGGUAGCUGUAAGAAAGGCAUGAAGGAUGCCAAGAGUUUUAAGAAAGAUGGGGGAAAAUAAAGUAUGGAAAUUCAGAAGAAACUAGAUCUGAUAUUCUAAUGGACAACUUGCCAGUUGUUUGAUGCAUUAAAAGGACAAAAAAAAAAAAAAAAAAGAAAAAAGAAAAAAAAAGGAAAAAAAAGAAAAAAAAAGAUAAAAGUUGUAGGCAAAAAUCAUUUGUUCAAAGCUACGGGGCCUGGGCAAAGGAAAUCUGGGCACACAAAUUGCCAGUGAGGGUUUGGAGGGUCACUUCUAGGCCUCUUAUGCUUUGUGAAUAAGUCCCUGUAAUUGUUGUUUGUAUGUAUAAUUCAAAGCACCAAAAUAAGAGAUGUAGAUUUAUUUCAUCAUAUUAUACAGACUGAAUUGUUGUACAAAUUUUAUUUACUGCUAGUGUUAAGAACUGCUUUUUUUUUUUUUUUUUGGUUUUCAUGUUUCCUUUCUUUUUCAAUUUUCAGUUGAAUAAACUAGAUUUAUGUUCAGUUGACCUAAGGUGAUUGUGCUCUGGAGGGUUUAUUUCCCGUUUUGUUUUUUGUUUUUGGAUGAUAUUUAUUGAAUAGCAGUAUCUGUCUCCACCCUCACCUCUGCAGCCUAAGCUAUGAGCUUAUUGCAGCUUAUGAAUGAGCUACCUAUGUGCAUGUCAGGGACCCCUGGCUCCUGCAGGCCAUGGUCCUGAGAUCAGCCUCGCCUGGCUUUAGCCUCCCUGUCCUGUUCUGUGUUAGUGAUCAUUGCCUUUAAACAGUCUGUUGGAAUAAUAUUAU